UUGGAAAAUGAGUUUUAAGUAGUAGGAAGACUUCGUGCGGCCUGUUGACUUAAUCUUUCGUAUCUUCCGUUAAUUGUACCUUAAUUUUUUGCUGCAUUUUUAGCGUAAUCGAUGGAUUUCGUGAAUUGUUCGGCGAAACGCUCUUCAAAAAGUUGCUGCGGUCGCGAGACUACGAUAGACAGUGAGCUCGGAAGCUGCGAUCAUAUUUACGCAAAUUUGGUCGAAUGCAAGAGCAAAGGUAUAAAUACUGAAGAUUUCGUUCACGUUGAACCAAUGACGAUAGCAUCUACGAACAAACGUAACGAAGAUUCCAGGAAAAGACGUGCACCUUCGCCGAAAUCGAAUGUUUUUGCAUAUCAGCCUUCCCCCGUUUUCAUUCACAACAAAAUGGGCAGCGAAGUCGAAGAAGAUCUGAGAGAACCGAUGCAUUCUUCAUAUAGGUUGCCGCACGAUACAGAUUUUCAAUGUCCCAGAUGUGGGCAGAGAAUGGAGGAACCUAGACUCCUUCCUUGUUUGCAUCCUAUAUGUUUAUCUUGCGUUUACGAAUUGAUGAGUAAGACUCCUUCAAAGAGCGAAAUACGAGAUAAAAAUCGAAUUUACACACAACCCGGUAUUUACGAAACGUGUCCGUUAUGCGACUCGCAUUUGCCAAAUGCUAAUUCUGCUGUACCGCCACCGCAUUAUCCCUUGCAACACCGUUCAGUUAUGGACACUGUGCGACGUAAACUAGUCAAUAGAGUACUUUGCGAUACCUGCACAGGCGAAAUUCUGGCACUCGUACAAUGUUCAACGUGUUUGUGCAAUUUUUGCUCGGAAUGCGGCAGGCAACAUGAACAACAAAACAUUGCGGAAACAAGAACAAUUAAACAUUUAAUGAGGCCACUAUGGGAGGCUACCAAAGUACGACGAACGAUUUUAUGUCAAAUACACCCGACGCACGCUUUAAGAUUUUAUUGUAUCGCGUGUCAGCAGGUAACGUGCAAGGAAUGCAUGUGGAGUAUACAACAUAGAGGUCACGCUAGUGAAGAUGCUGUUGGAGUGGGAAAAAGAGUUGGUACGUACUUAGCAACGAUGUUGCAGAAAGCAAGGAUGUAUCUAAAUAAUCUAUUGAUUCAAUACAAUCACGACGUAUUUUCAACUAAUGAUCUUGAAGAAGCACACAAUGUAGCCAAGAUUUGCAGGUAUGUUCAGUUUAUGAAUUAAAAUAUAAAUUCUGAAACAUUGUAUAAUGAAUUUUAUAUAAUUCGCAUU